AUGGUGACCUUGGGCUUUGCUGAGAUGGAGUCCGCAAAUUCAUUGGAGAUGCUAAUGAUAAAUUAUAGAUUUGCUCUGAAAAUUGUCCUAAGAAAACUACUCUCUCCUACUACGGCCAUAAAAUUGAAUCAUGACUACAUCUAUGGUUCCAGCGAAUCUAUUAUUUCGACUGCAUUUUGCUCAGUCCUCUUUGUUCCGUGUUAUGUAUGUUAUGUGGAUGUGCUGAAGAAGGAAAAUGAGAUUAUGGAUAAGACACUUAUGGGAAAGUUAGGGUGCGGGAAGCAGACAUUACUUUUUGUUUUUAAUGUGUCAAGACAAUUGAUCAACUUUAAGCAAAAGUUGGGACUUGGGAUAAUGUGGAAGAAGAAUAGGCAGAAGGGUAAAGAUGCCGAUUUGGAGCAAUAG